UAAUUUUCCUGUCCCUCCCAUUAAACCUUCUUUAAUCUCCACACAACAAUAUUUUUCAUCUUCACUCUUCAGCACCUAGAAAGUUUAUUCCUUUAUAACUUUUCUCACCUUUUGAUCACAUCCCACAAACAGAAAUCUUGAAGAAGAAAAAACCAAAGAAAGAAAAAAUGAUAAGUGCUUUAGACUUAUACCAUGUUCUCACAGCAGUAGUACCACUCUAUGUAGCCAUGAUUCUAGCUUAUGGUUCAGUAAAAUGGUGGAAAAUCUUCACACCAGAUCAAUGUUCAGGCAUAAACCGUUUUGUAGCACUAUUUGCUGUUCCUCUUCUUUCUUUCCAUUUCAUUUCAACCAACAAUCCUUAUGCUAUGAACUACAGGUUUAUAGCAGCUGAUUCACUUCAAAAAGCAAUAGUUUUAGCAAUCCUAUUCAUUUGGUCUAGAACAAGUUCAAGAGGUUCACUUGAAUGGUCCAUAACACUUUUCUCACUGUCAACACUUCCAAACACACUUGUCAUGGGAAUUCCAUUGCUUAAAGGGAUGUAUGGAGAUAACUCUGGUACCCUUAUGGUUCAAAUUGUUGUUCUUCAAUGUAUCAUAUGGUACACUUUGAUGUUGUUCCUUUUUGAAUAUAGAGGUGCUAGGAUUCUCAUUGUGGAACAGUUUCCUGAUACAGCUGGUUCUAUUAUAUCUUUCAAAGUUGAUUCUGAUAUUCUUUCUUUGGAUGGUAAAGAACCUCUUCAAACUGAAGCUGAAGUUGGUGAAGAUGGUAAACUUCAUGUUAAAGUUAGAAAAUCAACAAGUUCAAGGUCUGAGAUUUUCUCUAGACGAUCUCAUGGACCUAACUCUGGUGUUUCACUAACACCAAGGCCUUCUAAUUUGACAAAUGCUGAGAUUUAUUCUCUUCAAUCUUCUAGGAAUCCUACACCAAGAGGGUCUAGUUUUAACCACACUGAUUUUUAUUCUAUGGUGAAUGGGAGGAAUGUUAGUCCAAGAGGGUCAAAUUUUGGAAAUUUGGGUUUUGAUGAGGAAAAUGCUGUUGGUAAAGUCAAUGGUGUUGUUAAUGCUGGAAAUGGGUAUCCUGCUCCUCAUAGUGCUGGGAUAUUUUCACCUGUGGCUAAGAAAAAGGGUAACGGUGGUGGAGGUGAUGGUGGUAAAGAUCUUCAUAUGUUUGUUUGGAGUUCAAGUGCUUCUCCUGUUUCUGAAGGUGGAAUCCAUGUCUUUAGAGGUGGUGGAGAUUAUGGAAAUGAUCAGCUUAAUGGGGUAGCUCACCAAAAAGAUUAUGAUGAAUUUGGUCACGAUGAGUUUAGCUUCGGAAACAGAACUGUUGCUAAUGGUGUGGACAAAGAAGGACCAGUGCUUUCAAAGCUAGGUUCAAGCUCCACAACUGAACUUCACCCUAAAGCUGGACCUCAAGGUGAAGCUAAGCCAACAAACAUGCCACCUGCUAGUGUUAUGACAAGACUCAUUUUGAUUAUGGUUUGGAGAAAACUUAUUAGAAAUCCUAAUACUUACUCCAGCCUUAUUGGUCUCACUUGGUCUUUGAUCUCAUUCAAGUGGAAUGUUGUUAUGCCUGCAAUUGUUGCAAAAUCAAUUUCAAUUUUAUCUGAUGCUGGCCUUGGAAUGGCCAUGUUUAGCCUUGGGUUGUUCAUGGCAUUGCAACCAAAGAUAAUUGCAUGUGGAAACUCAGUUGCUUCAUUUGCAAUGGCAGUUCGUUUCCUAACUGGCCCUGCUGUUAUGGCUGUUUCUUCAAUUGCUGUAGGACUCAGGGGAGUUCUGUUGCACAUUGCUAUUGUACAGGCUGCACUUCCCCAAGGAAUUGUCCCUUUUGUGUUUGCCAAGGAAUACAAUGUUCAUCCUGACAUACUUAGCACUGGGGUUAUAUUUGGAAUGCUAAUUGCUCUUCCUAUUACAUUAGUUUACUACAUUUUGUUGGGCCUUUUUUGAAGACUAAUUGGAGUUGAUUAUUAAGCUCUUGUAAUAUGACUAUAAUUUAGUUAUUUUAUUUUUUUUGGAGGGCCAUUAUCUAACAAUGUAGAAAUUUGGAAGUUGAGAGUUGCAAUUGGAAACACAUGUAAUUUUAGGGCUAUAAGCUAGUUAGCUACUAGAAGGGGAAGAAAAAUUUGUAUUGGUUUUUUAUGCCUUUUUUACUUUGAAUCCCAACUUUUGCAUAUUUUGCUUGGUUUAAUGAAAAAGAGGAAAGUGAAGGUUGUUUGUGUA